GGGGCGCGGCGCCCGGCCCGCGGGGAUGCGGGACCGGCUGCCGGACCUGACGGCGUGUAGGAAAAACGAUGAUGGGGACACAACUGUCGUUGUUGAAAAGGACCAUUUUAUGGAUGAUUUCUUCCAUCAGGUUGAGGAGAUCAGAACCAGUGUAGCUAAAAUAGCUCAGUAUGUUGAAGAUGUGAAGAAAAAUCACAGCAUCAUUCUUUCUGCACCAAACCCAGAAGGAAAAAUAAAAGAAGAGCUUGAAGAUUUGAACAAAGAAAUCAAGAAAACUGCUAAUAAAAUUCGAGCCAAGUUAAAGUCUAUUGAACAGAGUUUUGAUCAGGAUGAGGGUGGACACCGAACUUCGGUGGAUCUCCGCAUACGAAGAACCCAGCACUCAGUACUAUCUCGAAAGUUUGUGGAAGUUAUGACAGAAUAUAAUGAAGCACAGACUCUGUUUCGGGAGCGAAGCAAAGGACGUAUACAGCGUCAACUAGAAAUAACUGGAAAAACUACCACUGACGACGAACUGGAGGAGAUGCUGGAAAGUGGGAACCCUUCCAUCUUCACCUCAGACAUUAUAUCAGAUUCACAAAUUACUAGACAAGCUCUCAAUGAGAUUGAGUCGCGUCACAAAGACAUCAUGAAACUGGAGACCAGCAUCCGAGAGCUGCACGAGAUGUUUAUGGACAUGGCUAUGUUUGUUGAGACUCAGGGUGAAAUGAUCAACAACAUAGAAAAAAACGUUAUGAAUGCCGCAGACUAUGUAGAACAUGCUAAAGAAGAAACAAAAAAAGCUAUUAAAUACCACAGUAAAGCGAGAAGGAAAAAGUGGAUAAUUGUGGCUCUGUGUGUGGUUCUGCUUGCUGUAAUUGCUCUAAUUAUUGGUUUAUCAGUUGGAAAAUGAGGAUGUGGAUAUCGUCAGUGUGCAUGCCUCUCUGCCAGCGCGACACAAAGCCUUCCUAGAGGCCGGCACUGGACUGCGGGCACCUUGAGGAGGUCACCGUCAUCCCCACAAUCCUGCAGCAUGGGGGGUGCCCUCUCCUCCCUGAGCAGACAGGCUGAGGGAGCAGUGUGCACGUGGUUUGUGUGCAGGCGGUGAUAGGGCCAUGCUCGAACUCAAACACACUUGACUCCCCGGGGUGGGCUCUGUCCACAAGAGAGAAGGCCAGCACUGGCUUGAGCCAUUACGUUAGCAAGAUCUCAGAUGAGGAUGGUUGUUAAACGUGUGGCAUUUAGGGUACAGGGAUUCAGAGGAGCACAGCUGGGAGCCAGAUGUGGACGAAAGCACUCACAGGGAGUGCCCGCAUGCUCUCGAAUGCACAACAGCAGCCAGAGUCAGAGCGCGUCCACAGUGGCCCGGUCCUAGGCGAUGCAGGUAGAGAGGGUCAGUGGGGCGCACUGGGCCGGCGACACAUGGAAGCCAGGUUCUGGAGCCACAGGAUGGACACUGGUGGGAAGGAGGGCAUCACAGGUCAGAGGAAAGAGGCGUCCCUAGAAGGGUGCUGAGAGAAGUUCUCAGGAAAUCAAGAGGAGAGGGCACCAGCAUGGCUGGGAUGGAGGUCCUCCUUCCCAGGAGACAUGCGUCAGAUUAACAGGCACCACAAAUGGAAAGGAGGCGCGAUCCUAAAGGUUCCGAGCAGUUAACUUGGAAGUUGCUGAGGGGCCUGGCUCUGCUGGUCUCCAUGAAUGACGCAGGGAUUAGCUGAGCUCCUGGCGUGCUAGGUUAAGGUAGAGCCGUGUAGUUUCAGCAGAUGGGCCUUCGUGGAUGAAAGUGUGGCGUACACGUGGUAACUGAUUUAAAACAACGACUCUCUGCUUUUAAAAAGAGUCAUGCAGCACGGUGUGCCUUUUUUCUUUGUGACUUCCUUCCCUCCUUCCUCACGCACAUUUCUGGGAGGAGACUAGAAUUUCUUAAGCCAAAGGUGAUUUAGCUUUCAACUGUGCAAGGAUGCUUGUUAAUUUAAAAGAAGAAAAGUCAAUGCUGCUUCGCCCUGCUUCUGGGCCUUGGUUGCGGGAAGAUUUCUUACACAGGUGCAGCGUGCCUCGGGGUGAAAUUGGCAUACGUAAGAUUUUUUUCUGCAUCGGAGAAAUAGAUUUGUUUAAAGUUUUAAAAAGAUAUACAGUGCAUCUGAGAAAUAGCAGUCUGGAAUUUGAUGAUGAUCAGUAGAAAGUGUUCAUUUAGAACCCACACGGUGCCAAGCAGACAUUCCCUCUUCCCUCCGAGAGCAGAGAGUUGUUUUAACAACACGUUUUAAUGUCUUAAAUUCACUUAAUUUAAUAUGCACACGUCUGUAACUUAGUGCUUGGCCUGUGGGACUUUCCUUCCCAACCUCCCUCUUCCGUGAUCUGUAGGGGUUCUUUCUUGAUAAUGGACUUGUGUUUUAAACUAUCUCAAAUUUCAGGAGAAUUUUGUUAGGAAAUGACAUUAGCAAUUUCUUUCAUUGAUAUCUUGCAAAUUAAUGUUUUUCUUUAUCUUGCAGAAAAUGAUGUUCAUUAUUCUUUGUGUACUUAUUUUGCUUGUGAUCCUUGGAAUUAUCCUAGCAACAACACUGUCAUAGCAGCAUAGCCCAGGAGCCAUUUGUCCUUGGAGUCAGACCACAUCCGCAGCAAAUGAGCAUCCUCCCAUUUCAUGAAAGAAUCCCAGACAUUGUGACACGUGGCACUGAGUGCUGAUCUUUUGCUAGUGAAUUCAAGGAGGAAACACAACAGAAUGUAUUGUUCAGUGAAAAAACCAUAAGCACAAUUGGAUGUGAUGAGUUAACCCAAACAUCCUUGGACUCUGAAGAACACACCACAAACAUUUAACAAUGUGAAGCCCGUUUCAAUGGCCUUAAAAUAAGGAAUUAUUGAAAAUUUCAAUUUUUUUUUAUAUUUCAGUGUUAAGAAUAUAUGUGAAGUUUAAUUAGGAAUAUUUUAUGUUAUAAAGCUAUUAGAUUUCAGAUCUAAUACUUUCUUCUCUCCCCUUCUCCCUGCUAACAUAUGCUAAUUAAGAGACGUUUUAUACAAUGUUUAAUUCCUGUUUGUUUAUUGUUUGCAAAAAUAAUUUUUAUUAUCACAGCUGUUUUGUAAGCUAUCUAUAAUUUUAAAUGUUUAUAAAUUGUUUAAUAUAUUAACAUCUUAAUUUACUCCACUUUUAUAUAUUAAAUAUUGCCUUUUUAAAAGAAACAGGAAGCUUCAUGAUAUUAGAGCGGUCUUUGCACAGUUGUUUACAUAAUUUGCCCUUGGCAUAGAAAACAGUGGCUGCAAAGCACCCCAAAAAGCCUUUCAAGUGCCUUCUGUUGAUAUUGAUUUAUACGGUUUAAAUGUGCCUGAUUCUUCCAGGAAAAUCUCAAUUAUUGCACUCAGCUCCAUUUCUACCUGUUCCAUUACCCAAGAUAAUAAAUUAGUUACUGCGUUGUAAA